AUGGCUUCAGCCAUCUGCGCCAUGUGGCUGGCUUUGACCGAAAGCGAGGCUCAAAAUAUCGACAUAGCGGUCAAAACAAGAACCAAUGACGUUGGUGGCAAAGAAAAUAACGACAUUUGCCGAAUUCAAGGGGACAACCUGGACAUAGACGAGCCACUUCGACGUCUCGCUGAGCAGAAUGCCCGUGAGGCCAUGUCUGCACCAUGUGCUUCCAAAGUGCAGCCAAAAAGCCAUUGUGCUCUGUGCCCAAGAUCUCUGCUGUUGAUCCAUGAAGGACCCUCAGACAAUCUGAUGGGAAAACGGCUCGAUUUUCGGAAGGAAGAAGUCCAUGACCUUGGCUUGUUUGAUGGAGCAUCCACUGAGGAAUAUGGCUCCAUUGUACACUUUUUCCAAACGCACGGAGGAUGGAAGGUGUUAGUUAAACGCUGCGUGCACCUUUCCAAAGUGGAUGAAGACCACAAAAAGCCCCUACUGGAGAACGCCUUGGGGAGACUUUUCGGGCAAAAGUUCCCAAAAGCCCCGGCGGUUGGCCAUUCCUCAACGAGCAUCCAAGAUCUUCAAUGUAUCUGGACGUGGAACGCCACUGCGCCAUCAGCUGUCGAAACUUGUGUACACGGCCUGUUUACCAAAAAGGUCAGAGAACAACCUGCCGCGCCUGCUGUUUGUGCGUGGGAUGGCAAUUUGACGUACAAGGAGCUCGACACAUUGUCAGAUACACUGGCAAGUCACCUAACUACCUUGGGCGCUGGUCCAGGAACCAUUAUACCCUUAUGCUUCGAAAAGUCCAUGUGGGUUCCCGUAGCUAUGAUGGGAGUUAUGAAGGCUGGAGCUGCAUCUGUUGCAAUGGACUCGAGUCACCCAAUAGCUCGUCUACAGCUUUGCCGCGCAAUACUGAACGAUGCUGCGGAGGAGCUCUUGUUGCUUAUUGCGGAAUCAUUAGCGAAAGAUACAGCCAACUUGUCGACUUGGAAACACGUCACUGUCCGGCCAAAUGAUUUACUAUACGUUGUGUUUACUUCUGGCAGCACUGGGACUCCUAAAGGAGCAAUGAUUAGCCAUGGAAAUUUCAGCAGCGCCAUCCAUCACCAGCAAGCUACUCUUGGGUUUCAACAGACUUCCCGUGUAUUCGAUGGCGUGUCAUACGCCUUUGACGUCGCAUGGUCCAAUAUCAUACAUACACUCGCCGCAGGGGGUUGCAUCUGCAUCCCAAGCGAUAAUGACCGGCAAGGCGAUAUUGGGGCGGCAAUGAGGUCCUUGAGGGUGACGGAUGCGCAUUUGACACCGACUGUCGCGCGGUUGAUUGAUGCCAAGUCUCUGCCUGACCUUCGUUCCAUCAUGUUUAUUGGGGAGAAGCUAAAUCAAUCAGAUCUCUUGCCCUGGAAAGAGAUUGAGCAUGUUCAAAACACCUACGGCCCAGCCGAAUGCACAGUCACAAAUACGUUUUCCACCAUCCAACCAGGACACGUCGGCGAGCCAAGCAUAGGAAGAGGAUGCGGAACAGUCACUUGGAUCGUGCGCUCUGAUGCCACUCUUGCAGCAAUCGGCGAGGUCGGAGAACUCUGGCUUGAGGGACCGCUCGUCGGCCAAGGCUAUCUAGGCGACCCCAAGAAGACAGAUGAGGUCUUCAUCCACGACCCUGGCUGGUUGCUUCAGGGCGCUCCAGGAUUGCCUGGCCGCCAUGGGCGUCUUUAUCGGACUGGCGACCUGGUACGAUAUAAUUCUGACGGCAGCCUCCAGUUUAUAGGCCGCAGAGAUGACCAAGUCAAGAUUCGCGGGCAGCGAGUUCAGCUUGGUGAUGUUGAAUGUCACCUUCAGCGAUGUCUUGAGGAACAUUCAACAGAGACUCAAGUCCACGUCGUUGCCGAAAUUUCACAACCGUCGGGCAGCGGCGAGUCACUGCUUAUCGCUUUUCUAGGUGCAGGAGUUGCUGUAGAUGCUUCUGCCACGAUGACAACUCUGAUUUCGCAUCUUGAGAAUACCGCCAGCCACCAUUUGCCGGCGUAUAUGAUCCCAACUUUCUACAUCCCACUGGUGGAGAUUCCAAGAACUGGAACUGGCAAGACCGACCGCCGUCGCCUGAGAGAAAUUGUUGCGAAAAUGACCCUUGAAGAGCUUGCCGGCUUGACUCCCAACAAGGAACCUCACCAUGAACCCUCAACAGUCUCUGAGCACACACUUCGUCAACUAUGGGCUUCGACUCUUGGUAUUGACUACCAAUCCAUCUCGACUCAUAGUAGCUUUUUUCACAUUGGCGGCAACUCAACAGCCGCUAUACGGUUGGUUGCGGCUGCUUCUACCAAGGGGUUUCUGAUCUCUGUUGCUGACGUCUUCAAUUUCCCCCGCUUAUCAGACUUGGCAAGCCGCCUUGUAUCAGCAGACCCAAUCCCAUCCGAGGCGGUUCUUCCAUUUAGUCUGCUAGGGCCUGGCGUUGAAGAACAUUUUGUACGUGACCAGGUCGCUGCACGUUGUCAGGUUCCUGCAGAUCGAGUACUGGAUGUCUUUCCAUGCACAGAACUCCAAAAGGGGCUGCUCUCAAUGACGGCCAAGCGAUCUGACAGUUAUGUUGCCCGUCACAUCUUUCGGCUAUCGCCCGAGAGUGACCUGUGUCGACUACAAAAGGCUUGGGGGAGAGUAGUUGAUCUAUUUGAAAUCAUUCGGACUCGGAUCGUUGAUGUGCCAGGGAUUGGCCUGGUCCAGGCCAUAUGUUCGGACCCUCCCCCCAUUUUCCACAGUGAUAGCCUGUCAACGUAUAUUGCUUCUGAGAAGGAUCCCAUGGGUCUGGGAACAUCUUUAACGUACUGUGCGUUUGUCAAUGACAGAGAGACCGACCAGUUAUACUUUGUCUUGGUAAUCCAUCAUGCUCUCUUUGAUGGCUGGUCUCUGCGCAUACUCCUCAAUGCUCUGGUUAGGGCGUAUAGUGAAGCAGCCAUUUCGCCACCAGUUCCAUUUCAGAAUUUCAUAAAGUUCAAUUCCAGCUUGGAAUCAAACGAGGCUGCGAGUUAUUGGAGAUCGCAGCUUGAAGGGUGUGAGGCCGCAUCCUUUCCACUGUUGCCGAUGCCAGCAUACCAGCCCCAUGGAGGGUCAACGAUAUCACACGCCACGACUGGCCUCUCGUGGCCGCGGAUCGAUAUCACAGCACCCAACAUCAUACGAGCUGCUUGGGCAAUACUGCAAGCUCGACACUCUGAUUCUACUGAUGUUGUCUUUGGAGCUGUGGCUAGUGGUCGCCAGGCCCCUGUUCCUGGCAUUAGCUGCAUUGCAGGACCAACUAUUGCCACGGUUCCUGUUCGUGUGAGAGUCGAUAAAGACACGUCGGCAAUGGAAUUAUUAAGGCAGGUGCAAAGCCAAUCUGUUGGUAUGCUGCCGUAUGAGCAGUUUGGCCUACGCCGGAUCAGAUCUCUCGGCGAGACAGAGGCUUCCGCUUCUGGCUUCCAGACCUUGUUGGUUAUCCAGCCGAGGGAAGAUACCCAGAACGGCGUGCUACCUGUCGAUAAAACAGACUCCAUCCACUUAACGCAAAUUGAAGCCGAUUCUACACUCACCUUCCAACAAUUCAACACCUAUUCCCUAACGGUAAUUGUUGAUAUCCGUGAUGAGGGAUAUGAUAUAGCUCUCAGCUUUGACAGUAAGGUUCUAGCAAUCGGAAUAGCUGAGAGGAUGGCAAAGCAGCUAGAAGUUAUUGUACAGCAACUGUGUGAUACGGCCCGUAUCAACGCAGCGGUAUCAGACAUCAAGACUUCAAGCGUGCAAGACCUUGCUGAUAUAUGGUCCUGGAAUGCUUCUGUCCCGCAAACCAUUGAAGCUUGUGUUCAUGAGCUCUUCGAUGUUGUAGUCAAGAGACAACCCGAAGCACCUGCUGUUUGCGCCUGGGACGGCAGCUUUACAUAUCGGCAACUUGAUAACCUUUCCACCAUUUUAGCUCACCACCUGACGACUGCCCUAGGAGUAGGUAUAGGAGAUCUGGUCCCGUUAUUUUUUGAGAAGUCUAGAUGGACCCCAGUGGCCAUGCUAGGUGUGAUGAAGGCCGGAGCUGCAUCUGUCGCGGUGGACACGAGUCACCCUCCAGCACGGCUAUCCGCUAUCGUGCACCAAGCGCACCAUCACUCCAAGAAGCGGCUUGUUCUAUCCUCUAUACUAAAUGAACGCUUAGCUUGUGGCUUAGUGGUCGAUGGGAUAGAGGGGGCUGAAGUUAUUGUUGUGGAGGUUGUGGCCCAGCAGUCAAACAACAUCAGCAUCCUGUCGCGAAAGCAAGCCAGGGUCGUUCCAGAUGAUUUGCUAUAUGUUGUUUUUACAUCUGGUAGCACCGGAAUACCAAAAGGAGCGAUGGUAAAUCAUAGAAACUUUGCUACUGCCUUUCAUCACCAGGCGAGGAAACGCAUGCUGAGUUCGUCUUCGCGCGUGUAUGAUUACCCCUCUUACGCUUUUGAUGCCGCAUGGAGUACAACUUUGCACACUCUCUGCAUUGGUGCCUGCUUGUGUAUUCCCAGAGAUCAAGACAGGCUUGGCAACAUUGCUGAGUCGAUACGAUUCUUCGAGGCAAAUUAUAUCAGCCUAACACCGACAGUGUGGAGGCUCAUCCGACCAGAAGAUGUACCUAGCCUGCGCACUCUUCUUUUAGUUGGAGAGCCUCUUCGCAGGUCUGAUAUCGAGGCGACAGAGCACCUUGAGAACGUGUACAACGCAUAUGGCCCUGCUGAGUGCACGAUUGAGAGCACCUUCAACCGUAUUACUUAUCGUGACUCGGAUGUAACCAACAUCGGCAGAGGUCGUGGUGUCGUGACCUGGGUCAUAUCUAACCAACUGUCCUCAAGUGCACUCGCGGCUGUUGGUGAGAUUGGAGAAUUAUGGGUCGAGGGACCUCUUGUUGGUCAAGGCUAUCUGGGCGAGCCAGAAAAGACUGCUGAUGCCUUUGUUCAAGACCCAAGCUGGCUGCUACAAGGUGGGCCGGGCGUGCCAGGUCGCCGUGGACGCCUUUAUCGAACCGGUGAUCUUGUCCGGUACAAUUCUGAUGGUACGCUCCAGUUCAUUGGGCGUAAAGAUAACCAGGUCAAAAUUCGGGGUCAGCGUGUCGAAUUGGGUGAUGUCGAGUCCCAUGUCAAGCGGAUGCUCAACGCUCCAGAGGCGCAAGUCGUGGCGGAGGUCAUAUCUCCCUUGAAUAGCCCAAAUCCAAUACUUGCUGUUUUUGUUGAACCUGGGAAUCGCGAUGGCAUCGAGGCUACAGUAUCAGAUCUCACCAAAGAUCUCAAUGACAAGCUUCUGCCACAUCUCCCAGUGCAUAUGGUUCCAUCCCUGUACGUACCUAUUGCGACGCUUCCAACCACCAUUACUGGAAAGGUUGAUCGGAAGCAACUUCAUCUGAUAGGAAGAUCAUUAGAUCUCGUUCAAUUACAAGCCACAAACAAAGCCCAUCGAAUAGUGCCUUCGAACAAAAUCGAAGCAAUCCUAGCAGACACCUGGGCUAGCACCCUUGGAAUUUCGUUGGACCAUAUAUCGACGGACACUCCAUUCAUGAGAAUCGGAGGUGAUUCAAUCAGCGCGAUGCAGGUCGUAUCUAGACUUCGGGCCCGAAAGAUAUCUCUUACUGUUGGUGAUAUUCUACAGUAUUAUACCAUCAAGGAUAUUGCCCCUAGAUGUAAGCUGCUCACCCAACAAUCUACGAUAAAAGAGGAGUUUGAGAGAACAGGGGAAGCUUGGGGGCUAUCUCCGAUUCAGCAACUCUUUUUCUCGGCUCACCCUAGUGGGGAGUCUCACUUUAAUCAGAGCUAUUUGCUUCAACUAAAGAAGAGCUUCAAGAGUGCCACCCUGCAAAAGGCUGCUGAGUCACUUGUUUCCAGGCAUCAUAUGCUUCAAGCACGCUUCAGAUGCACAUCUAGCAAUUCAUGGGAGCAAUACAUUUGUCAGGAUGAUCCAUCCACGAGGGGAUUCUUGUUCACAGUACACGAUGGACUCUCGCAAGAUGAGAUGAGCUCUAUUGUCCAAUCCAGACAAGAGUCACUGGAUAUCACCCACGGACCAGUAUUCGCGGUUGAUUAUUUCGAAAAUGGAGUGCAGGAGCCAGUACUUCUUUUCACAGCACACCAUCUCGUCAUUGAUCUCGUGUCUUGGCGCAUUCUGUGGCAUGACUUGGAGCAGUUGCUCAACGGAGCAGCCCUUCCACCCGUUCAGACUUCGUUCUGCGAGUGGACCAAGAUACAGCAGAGACUUGGGCACGACAGUCAAUACACGCCCAAUUUACCGUUCCAGCUCGAGAAUGGGUUUGAAUUUUGGGGUGUAGAUCCAACAAGAAACAUCUCCGCUGCUGCUGAGACGCACAGAAUUUCUCUAGAUAAGACCACAACAUCCCUCUUGCUCGGUAGCUCAAACUUGUGUUUGAGGACAGACCCAAUCGAUAUCAUGAUUGCCGUGUUAAUACACUCCCUGUGUGAUUUGUUUCCGGACCAGCCAGCACCGGCAAUAUUAGUAGAAGGCCAUGGCCGUGAGCCACAAGAGAGUUCGGUAGAUUUGUCCGAAACCAUAGGCUGGUUUACAUCCUUGGUUCCAGUACAAGCAUCAAUUCAACCAGGCACGAGCAUUGUUGACACGGUGAAGUUUGUCAAGGACAUUCGUCGACAAACGGUCGGGAAAGGCCUGCCUUACUUUGCAUCUCGGCAUCAAGAAAAGAUCAACCUUUCCGAGCCUGAGAAUAACGCAGCAUUUCUGUUCAACUAUGGCGGGGUCUUUCAACAGCUUGAGCAGAAAGACUCCCUUUUCCGCCAACUUGAGGCUAACAUUGCUGAGGUAGCCCCAAACGCACGCCGCAUAGCUCUGACAGAAAUCGAUGGGUCUGUUGUAGGCGGGAAGAUGCAUCUGUCGAUAUCAAUCCACCGCGAUAUAAAUCACUACAAGCUACUCGAGCGCUGGGCCUACAACCUCCCGGGUGCAUUCCGCACGGCGACACACUCUCUUGAAAAACAUGGUGAAAUUCCAACCCUCAGUGAUUUCCCGUUGGUAACUAUCCCAUCAUACGGCGAACUGGACAGUGUGGUGGCCCAAUUAGCAGCAAAAGAUAUUGGCAUCAAGGAUGUUGCUAGACUAUUGCCUUGUACACCUAUCCAAGAAGGUAUUCUGUUUGGCAUUGCCAAAGGAUCAGCGAGCUAUCACAUCGUUCAAGUCUGGAAGUGCUCCAGUUCAAGCCGCAGCGUGCAAAUCGACCCUGCACAAUUAGAGGCUUCCUGGCGGGCGGCUCUCAGCCGACACUCUAUCUUCUCAACGGUGUUUCUAGAGUCGGUGGACCUGGGCGGGUUUCUACAAGUGCAGCUACGAAACGCCCCGUUGCGAAUUCAGUGUGUCCAUUCUGGCACGAAUUGUCCAGCGGUUACGUUAGUAGAAAUGGAGAGACCAUUGUUCUCCGACCGUGAAUCGCCUUAUCUAGUUACAAUUUGCCAAUCCUCGAGCGGUGAAAUCGGCUGUCGAAUUGAUAUCGAUCAUACUCUUAUUGAUGCACUUUCUUUCCCGGUCAUUCUCAAUGACGUUGUAGACGCUUACAGCGGAUGUUCAGACCGAGCAGGACUUCGUGCUCAUGGGUUUCAUCGAAUAGUCAAGGAAGUCUUGGCGGUCUCGUCCCAAAGGAAACUGGAAUACUGGAAGAAUUAUCUUUCCGGAAUCAAGCCUUGCAGUAUACGAGCGACGGUAGCUUCGAAAGCUGUUCCUACAGAGGGCUGCCAAGAGAUGAUUACGCUUCCAUACCUCGUGACGGAUAGAAUCGAUGCAUUUUGUCGUGCUGGAAACAUUACUCGCUCGACGUUCUUGCAGGUAUCAUGGGCAAUAGUACUUGCUCAACUCACAAAUAAACAAGACGUGUGUUUUGGGUACCUCACCUCCGGGCGGGACAUCCCCGUUGAGGGCAUCGAGGAAAUUGUUGGACCUCUGAUUAAUAUGCUGAUCAGCCGAAUUAAUUUGGGCGGCUCAGCUGCCAGUGUCAUUUGGAAUACUGGGAGGGAUCUCCUCGAGCAUUUCAACUAUCAGCACAUCGCUCUAGCAAAGCUGCAAUCGGAAUUGGACUUGCAUGGCCAGCAGCUUUUUGACACCAUCUUGACAGUUCGUCAGGCCCAGAAUUCAGUCAAGGCUGGCCAGCUCACUUUCCAGGACUUCUUUACUCACGACCCCAACGAGUUCUCCAUUGCCAUUAAUGUUGAGCUAGAUGGGGCCAGCACUCAUGUUCAGCUUGUGUACCAGAACGACUGUAUUGAGACGUGGUUCGCACACGAGAUCGCUGAAAUAUUUCAGUCAGCUAUUAGCUUUUUAUUGGAUGAUGGACCAGAGACUGCCGAUGAGGCUCUUCAUGAUGCAUUCUUCAAGUAUCGAUCAGGCGGUAGUCGGAGUCAGGCAGAAUUAUCCUGGAAAAACCGACUUCGAGGGCUAGAAGCCGCUCAGUUUCCAACAAUAUCCAAUGCUUCAACCAAACCUAAAUUGGAUUCAAUGACAGAGCUCACAAUGGAAGGCAUAGGCUUACCAGGAACUGACAGUGAGAUGACCGCUGUCAUAUGGACCGCAUGGGCUUUCUUGGUGGCUGGCUACACUUACACCGAUGAUGUCCUCUUCGGCGGUAUGACCUCGGCGUUUGAUGCUGCAUCUACCUCGAUGGAUCCCGCAGCAGUGCCUGAGCCGCCGAUAGUACCAGUACGCAUUACGAUAGAUCGUAACAUGCAGGUAGCCACAGCGCGACAGGAGGCCGAGACAAUCUACAAUGAGAUGUUGCAGUUUCGCCGCAUAAACCGGCACUGGAUUCGCCAGCUUGGAAACGAGGAGAAGCAAGCUUGCGAUCUUCAAACGUUGCUUCAAGUGGGAAAUGCGGAAAGAAGUGCCUCUAUAGAUUCGUUGACGACAGCCUCAGAGUCAGAUAGCGGCUUCUCGCUGCGUUUAAACUGCUCAGUGCGAGAAAACAGUUUGGACUUGAAAGUCUGGUUUGACUCUUCGGUGCUUACAAUGACAGAAGUUCGAAGAAUUUCGUACCAGUUUGAAAAUCUCAUUGGACAGUUCAACAAAGUUGAGCUUCAGUCUCAAGCAAUAAACGACAUUCAUAUGGCAAGUAGAGCCGAUCUUGCUGAUAUCCAGCUGUGGAACGGGUCUAUUCCUCAAACUUCGAGCGCCUGUAUCAAUGAUCUCUUUGCUGCUACAGCUGCCAAGCAACCUGAUGCUUUGGCUAUAUGUGCUUGGGAUGGAGAGUUCACAUACAAAGAACUUGAUAACCUCUCAACCAGGUUGGCCUGCUGCUUAGCUGCAAUGGGAGCAAAAACAGGAACAAUCAUACCAUUGUGUUUUGAAAAGAGCAAGUGGACCUCGGUAGCUGUUUUGGGAGUCAUGAAAACCGGAGCAGCGUCUGUCUUAAUGGAUUCACGUCAUCCAGAGGCCCGGCUUCGUACAAUUAUACAGCAGGCACAUUCAAACUCAAACAAACACUUUAUCCUAGCUUCUACACGAAGCGAAAGUCUAGCUAGUAGGCUUAAGCUUGGUUUAAAUGGCGGAGAAGAGGUUACUCUAGUCAUCGCAGACAAUUUGUCCCAGGCUGCGGAGAAUAUACCGAAGUUGCCAGCCAACAAGCCUCAGCCGGAUAGUUUAUUAUAUAUCGUUUUUACAUCAGGCACCACUGGUAUCCCAAAAGGAGCCAUGGUUAGUCAUAAGAACUUUAGUAGUGCAAUUCACUACUACCGGCCUAUCUUUGGUUUUGCACCAACAUCGCGGGUGCUAGAUUUUGCAUCCUAUGCCUUUGAUGUGGCUUGGUUCAACAUCUUACACACUCUAACUGUAGGUGGAUGCCUUUGUGUUCCAAACCAGGCUGACCUUCAAAACAACUUGAGUGGGUGUGUCCAAAAAAUGCGAGUCUCUUUUGCUAUGAUGACGCCUAUGGUAUGGGAUCUACUGGGUGAACAAGACCUCGAGAAUUUCGAAACUAUAAUCUUUACUGGAGAGAGACUUGCUCCUUUAGAUACAAAGUAUCGAAGACUUACAGCUUCCAUUUUCAAUGCGUAUGGUCCAGCUGAGUGCUCAGUUCUCACCACUUAUGCCCAGAUCAACCAGAAUGAUACCAAGGAACCGAGUAUAGGCAAAGGGCACGGGGUCAUAACCUGGAUCGUCCGCCUUGACGGUUCUGGAAUCGCAGCUAUUGGCGAGAUCGGAGAACUUUGGGUCGAGGGCCCGCUCGUCGGCCAAGGAUACUUGGGAGACGUAAAGAAAACAACCUCCACCUUUGUUGAAGACCCUUCAUGGUUAUUACCAAGACCAGGCGUGACUGCCGGCCCGAAGAGGCGCGUCUACCGUUCUGGCGAUCUUGUUCGCUAUAACUCUGACGGUACCAUCCAAUUUAUAGGUCGCAAGGAUGACCAGGUGAAAAUCAGAGGUCAGCGUGUUGAGCUUGGUGACAUUGAGGCUCAUAUAAAGAAACUACUAGCCUCAACACCUGAUGCACAGGUUGUAGCGGAGAUCAUUUCUCCGCGUGAGAGCUCUUCCCCUGUUCUUGCUGCAUUUGUUUGCCCGACCAGAAUUUCUCAGAGUCUCGAAGUCGCUGUAUCGGAUCUUACAAAAGAUCUCAACGAGAAUUUACUUCUGCACCUCCCAUUAUACAUGAUUCCAACCAUAUACGUACCGAUACGUACUCUUCCCGUUGGUCUUACUGGGAAAAUCAACAGAAAGGAACUUCGCCAAAUCGGCAAAGGGCUAACACUUGCUACUAUGGUUGAUGCAAGCGAUGCUCCUAGUACAAAGCCCCCUCUUGAUGGGAUCGAGCUGCUUAUCGCUAAUGUUUGGGCGGAAAUUCUUGGAAUUUCGCCGAAUACCAUCUCACGAAAUAUUCCAUUCAUAAGACUUGGGGGUGAUUCAAUCACCGCCAUGCAAGUUAUAUCUAGGCUCCGUGUCCAUAAGGUGCAUCUUACAAUGCAGCCUGAGAUCAGAGGAGAUUUUAGUUGA